GAUGAUGAAAAUGACAGACUACCUUAACAUUUUCUACACCAUCAUUGCACUGUUUGUUCCCAUAGUGAAUGCAACCAGCUGUGACACCUGCCAAUCCACAAAUGUUAUAGACCUUUCGGGCUGCAAUUUCCGCAGCUUAUCCAAGGCAAUUAACAAAUCGUGCAGUGCCGCACGGAGUGCUCAAAUUCUGAAUUUGAACGGAAAUUUUAUAACAAACAUUUCAAGUGGCGACUUGAAAAUGGCGGAUAGCACUAGCUAUUUUUGGCAGCUCAGCAAACUUAAUAUAAGUAAUAAUUCAAUUAUUCAUGUCGCCGAAGAUGCUUUUUCGGCAUUACUCGUUCUUGAACAUCUAGACCUUUCGUAUAACAAGUUGAAAAAGUUAGCAAAUGGAAUUCUGCAAAAUAAACCUGCUUUAAGAACUGUUGAUUUCUCGUACAAUCAGAUAGAUUUUGUUGGAACAAACGUUUUUACAAAAUACCACAAUGCUCUUAAAGAGGUUUACCUUGCACAUAACAAGCUUGUGUCCUUUGAACCUUGGCCAUAUAUACCACCAACUUUGAGAAAAUUUGAUGUAUCGUACAAUGUCAUCGUGAACUUUACCAACAGAAUGAACUGGACAUACAACUUGGAGGAACCUUACCACGCAAGUGCAGAUCUACGUCACAAUCAGUUUACAUUUUGGAACGAUGGAUUCUUUCAACAAUACAAUCCUAAUAGUAAAGAUUUUUACACCGACUUUGUAACAUAUAAUGUAGAUCUGCGCGAUAAUCCGUGGUUCUGCGACUGUAAACUUCAUAAUUUUUCAAAGAGAUACCAGAAUUCAUUCUUCAAACACGCCGAUUCAAAUUUAAUUGAAGUUAAAUGCAAUGGUCCACCAAAACUAAAAGGGAAAUCUUUUGUAGAGGAUGUUGACUUGAACGAUUUGGUUUGUAAUGUCACCAAGGACUGUCCACAUAAUUGUUUAUGUCAAGACAAGCCAGAUGACAAUAUGUUUCAUGUAAAUUGUAAUAACGGAGGCCAUACAAGUUUACCAAGUCAAUUACCGGAAAACAGAUAUAAAAGACUGAAAUUGGAAAUGAAUAAUAAUUAUAUCAACACAUUAUCUAGUAGGAACUAUACAUCUUAUAUCACCGAACUCUCAAUGUCUGGAAAUGGACUGCAGGUGGUUGAAAGCGGAGCGAUAGGAAAUAUGAAAGAACUGAAAUAUUUGAACUUGGAAAACAAUAAAUUGAAGAGCAUUCCAGAAAACAUUCAGUAUCUAAUUCGAUUUGAAGAAACUGAACUAAGUCAUAAUCCUUUCAAAUGCACAUGUGAUAUGGUUUGGAUGGCAGAAUGGAUUAAUUUUGCUCCUGAAGACAAUCCAAAUCGUGAUAUCCAAUGUACUUAUGAAAAUGACGACGUUUACAAGAUUCGUGAAGUAACAGAAAGGUUACUCAACUGCACGUAUGAUGUUGCUAUAGGUUUGACAAUCGGCUUUGCAAUUUUGCUUACAUUAGUUAUUGUUGCUGUUAUCUGGGCCAAACGAUGUCCUUAUGAAACCAAAGUUAUCUUAUACAGGUUUUUUCGGUAUCAUCCGUGGGAUAAGUAUCGCGUAGACAGAGAAUUAGUUGCAGAAUAUGACGCAUAUGUGUCAUUUGAUGACAAUAAUAUACACAUACGUCAGUGGGUGCUUAGAAAAUUUGUGAAACGUCUUGAAGAGGAAAAACCCUGCUAUAAGUUCUUUGUGCCUAUCAGAAACCUGAUCCCUGGGGAAGACAAAGCAGAUGGCAUCAUAAACAAUAUGGAGAAAAGCAAAAGAGUAAUUAUCAUUCUCUCGGACAAAUAUGACGAGAAUGAGUGGUGCAAAUUUGAGUGCCAAAGGGCAGAAAUUUUGGAAUUGAACAAUGGACGAAUCAUCUUCAUAAAAUAUCACCCUGAAGCAGACGAUAUGAUAGAAAACGAACCGUGGAAGUCUCGAGUGAAAGGUCGGAAGGUUUUUUCUCCCGGAGAGAAGAAAAGCGAGCGCAGGUGGUUUUGGGGGAAAAUUAAAUAUGAGUUACCUACUCGAUAAAUUGUUUUAAUGGGAUACUUAAUUACGUAUAUUUGUAACUGUUUUUUAAGUGUUUUACAUUAAAUCAACUGAAAUCCGUCCCAUUUGAUGCAUAGUGUAACUGAUACUAUAAAACACUUUUAAACAUGACUUUUGUAUGCAAAAUGUAAUUUUUAUAU